AUGGGUGGCUUCACCGCUGAAGAUCUGUCCACCAUCGGCGGAAUCGCCACCGUCUCUCUCCUCCAUUCCUUCAUCCCCACUCACUGGCUUCCUUUCUCCAUUGUCGGUCGCGCUCAGAAAUGGACUCUCUCCACAACUCUCAUCGUCACUGCUCUUGGAGCAAUUUUGCAUGUAAUAUCCACUUCACUGCUUGGUAUAACAGCAAUUACCAUGGCAAACACCAUUGCUGGGGAAGAAACAGUGCAUAAGAUUGCUUCACUUUUGCUUGUAUUUCUGGGUGGUAGUUAUAUACUGUUGUUUCUAAUGGGAAAGGGUGGCCAUAGUCAUUCACACAACCAACCGAUGGAGAAAAUGGCUGUAGCUGGGCUUAUUCUUGUUCCUGCUUUGUCUCCUUGUGCUACAACUCUCCCAGUAUUUCUUGCCGUUGGAAAUUCAUCUUCCAUGAUGGUGCUUGCCAUUAUAGUACUACUGUUCAGGUUGCUUGAUAGAAUGUUUCAGAUAUACAUUAUUUUUACCAAGCUUCACACUUAUCGCAUUUACAGCACAAUAACUGUGAUGACUUCACUAGUAGCAUUGUCGUUUUAUGGAGCCAGUCAGCUGAAGUUUCACUGGGUGGAGCGUUAUGACAAACUUCUUGUUGGUUCAGUGCUGUGUUUUGUAGGAGUCUUGACCCUACUUUUUCAUGAUCAUGAUCAUGAUCAUGGAGACGUGAUUUCGAUUGGAGAGCACCACUCACAUGCACAUAGGAUGAUUAUUUCCUUGUGA